CGCCGGACGUCUGGUUCUCCUCACCAUUCGUCCCGAAGCACCGUACCAAACCGUAGCAGCUUGAGCCGACCGAGUUCGAUCCGUUCGCCUAGUACAACACCAUCACAGUCACCACCAACCCAUCCAAAAUCAUGAUGUCUCCACUGGUUGUUGUAAUUGGGUUCGUAGCCAUGUGCUCGGCCAGCCCUUCACUGUACUUCAGCGGUCCACAAUACUACAGCGGUUACUACGCAGCCCCCGCCGCCGUUGUCAGCCCGAUCAAGAGCCAAUACCACACCCAAAACGAAUUCGGACAGUACGCCUACGGCUACAACGACGGAUUCUCCAGCAAAUCCGAGACCAAGCACGCCAACGGUCUGACCGAAGGCGCGUACUCGUACGUCGACCCGAACGGCGUUCUCCAGCAAUACAAAUACGUGUCCGACGAGAACGGUUACCGAGUAUCUGGUACCAACUUGCCAGUGGCUCCAGCCGUCCCCGCAGUAGAGGUUCCCGCCGUCCCCGCCGUCCCCGCCGUCGAGUCCGUGAUCGAAGUCAAGGCCGCCGCCCCGGCCCCGGCCCCAGAAGCCGUCUCCUACCAGUCCGAGAUCCCACAGCAAGUGCAAGACACCCCGGAAGUGGCGGCCGCCAAGGCAGCUCACCAGAUCGCUUACGACGAGGCUAAGAAGGCCGCAGACGCCUCUCCGGCCGAAGACGAACCGUCGUCCGACGCCGUCGUCCAGGUUUCCGCCGAUGCAUCCGCCGCGCCAGCCGCACCAGCCGCACCAGCCGCCGCACCCGCUGCACCAGCCGCCGACUUCGCCAACCACUACGCACCAGCUCCAGUCGUGGCCGCCGCACCCGCCCCCGUCGCCUCGUUCAGUUACCACCCAGCCGCCGCUUACGCCGCUUACCCGUCGUACGCCGCCGUCCCGGCCCAUGCCCCGGUCGCGUCCUACGCUUACGGCCCGGUCGCGUCCUACGCUUACGCCCCGGCCCCGGCUUACGCUUACUCCGCCCCGUUCGCUUCCGGAUCGUACUCGCCCGUGCACAGUCAGUACCACUCCCAAGACGAGUUCGGACAGUACUCGUACGGUUACAACAGCGGUUCGUCGUCCAAGGCCGAAGUCAAGACCCUCGACGGCGUGACCCGCGGAGGUUACUCGUACGUUGACGCCAACGGACAGGUCCAACACUACAACUACGUUUCCGACUCGGUCAACGGUUUCCGCGUCGCCGGCACCAACCUGCCAGCAGCCAACGCUUUGUAAACAACAAACGACCGGCCGCCGAAGUAUAAUAUGUUUCCACGAAAACCCUAUUACCGCCCCCUCCCAGUCAACACCGAACCCCCCCCCCCCCUCCAAAGCCCAUUAACCCCAUCACGCUGCUACGUUGUUUUUAGGUACCGGAUGUAAAACCUAAGGUCGUGUUCGUGUACGAUACGAUACUAUAAUAUUUUGCAGCGACGUCGCGCAUAAUUACGCGUAUCUUCGCAAGCAACUAUUUCAGUGUAUGACGUGCGUAAACGAACAUGAUAUUACUAUUAUAAACUAUUAAUAAACGCGUGUUUAUGACUCUUCGUCGAGUUUUGUACAGGCUCCCCUCCAAAAUGGUCAACGGUCCCCGGAGGGGGGGCGCGACGUUGCCGAGGAUCGUCGGAUCCGUUUGCCGCCCGACGUCAAACGAAACCGGUGGACUUUGAUUCGCGCAAAGAAAUUUCGUUUCUCGGCAACGUCACGCUCGCAACUCCUCUUCCCCUCGCCCAACGACGAGGUGGAGGUAAAGGGCUAAAUAUUAAAAAAAACA